AUGGGAGACUCAUUGGAGCAAUGGCGUGCUGCUAUCGGCACGUUUUCUCAUCCCAAAUCUUCUACCGAGAAUACUCGAAUCCACCCUUUAAAGAGAUCACCCAAACGGCCGAGUGUUCCAUCAGUGAACCACCCCAGGGUAAGGACCAACCCAGGGUUACGAGUGUUUCCCUUGCUGUUGGUUAUUGUAACCUUGCUGCUUGUCAUAGGAGGCGUUCAGCUGAACCCUGGACCUAAAGACACGAAACUUCCAUUUGAGAUUCUACUGAGUAGCGAGCACUCAAACUUAGACCACCCACUUGAUUCAGUAUUGGGGAGGCAUGGCUUGGGAAUCAUUGAGAACAGCGGAUUGGGAGAUUGUCUAUUUGAAGCUCUCAGCGAUCAAUUAAAACGCCUGACGUCUAUUGAAGUAAAUGCAAAUGACUUACGCAAAUCUCUGCUGGAAUGCAUUCAAGCGCAUCCCAUCUUGCCCAACGAUGAACAUGUUAUGACGCUUUUUGAUUCGGAAGCCAAUACAGAGUGGCAGGAAUAUGCUGCUAACAAUGAAUCAACCGAAGAUCUCCAUAUCAAACAGUUGUCCUGGUAUACAAAUGAGUAUAUGGUGAGACCGGGUGUGUGGGGGGACAAUCUUAUGUUGUAUGCCUUUACAAAACUGUACAAUAUAGAUGUCGCUAUAUAUACAGCUGGAACUGAUGAACCAUACACAAUGACAGCCGAUGACGAAUCUGGAGGUCAGCAAAGAAUGACAGCAAGACUUGGAUAUAUUCCACACUUGCACUUUAUAAGUCUCGUUGAUAGAACUGAUCGUGUGUACGCAUCAGAUGAAGAUUCGAUGAUGCAGAUGAGUGAUAAACGUCUAUUGGAGAUACAAUCUUUAGCAUUAGAUACGCCUGGAGAAAUAAAUGAGGUGUUAAGUCUGGUCAGAAAUAUAGCGAAGAUUCUGGACUUACCAACCCAGUUGUCCAUGGAAGAGCUUGAUGACAGAGUGCAACUGAUGCGUCAGAUUAUAGACGACUCGAUAAAGAAUAAACAUGAUGCCCCAGAUGGACUUAUUGAAAUAGUACUCAAAUUGGCAAGUCGUGAAGUAGAGAAGCUGAGUUUCGGCUACAAAGGAGCAUUAAAAAAAUACGGAGCCCAAGCUACUCGAGAUAAUCUCAACGAAAAGAAAGACGCUGCAAGUGAAUCACGUUAG